CAAAGAAGAUUAUAAACAAGACCAAACAUGUCUGUCGUAAUAAACGCCAGGAUAGUGGCGUUUGCGGUACACGCCCUCGCCGUGGUCGCUUCGGUUAUGCUGUUUGUUUGGUCAAUAUGUUACAGAGGUGGAUUUGCGUGGGAAUCUACCAACAAGACCCUCCUCAUCUUCAAUCUGCAUCCUGUUUUGACUCUCACCGGCUUAGUAAUUCUGGGAGGAGAAGCAAUUAUAAGUUACAAAUCGCUUCCAUUUGAGAAACGAGUGAACAAAUUGAUCCACCUUGUUUUCCACGCAAUCGCCAUUAUUCUUGGAAUCUUGGGAAUCUAUGCUGCUUUCAAGCACCAUAACGAGAAACACGUCCCAAAUCUCUAUACCAUCCAUUCUUGGGUUGGUAUUGGUGUCAUUGUCCUUUACGCUCUCCAGUGGCUGUAUAGCUUUAUUAUCUACUUCUUCCCAGGAGGAUCAUCAACUCUCAGAAGGGACUUACUUCCGUGGCACAUUUUCCUCGGUGUCUUUGUCUAUGUUCUUGCAGUUGGAAACUCGGUUUUAGGGUUUCUUGAAAAGCUUACUUUCUUGGAAAAGUCAGGGCUUGACAAGUUUGGAUCAGAAGCGUUCCUUGUCAACUUCAUGGCUAUUAUCACUAUUCUGUUUGGUACUUUUGUGCUUCUCAUUGUUUACUCCAAGUCUCCUCCUUCGGUUGAAGAAGAUAACAACUAUAGCUACUCACCUAUAUGA